UCUAGGGUUAGCCCAAGUAGCAAAUCAAGCUCGAGCGAGCAGAGGAGCCAUGGCGGCGGAGGGGGAGGAAAAGGAGAAGAUGGUGAUGUUGCGGAGCGAGGACGGCGUGGACUUCGUGUUAUCAGAGGCAGAAGCAGAGGCAGAGGCCCUGUUUGGCAGGAAAAUCAGAAUAAUGAUGAAGUACGAGUCGGAGAAGCACGUCAUCCCUUCCGACGACGGCGGCGAAAUCAGGUACUGCCUCAUCCGCCUCUCCGUCCGAGGCGACACACUCUCCAAGGUGAUGGACUACUCCAGGACGCACGCCUCCGGAUCCCACGACUUGAGCGACUGGGAUGCAGAUUUCAUCGCUGGUUUCAACCACGAGGCCCUCUUCGAUCUCAUCCUGGCUUCGGAAUAUCUUCAAAUAAGAGGACUGAUUGACCUAGCCUGCCAGACUGUUGCUAGUAAGAUAAAGGGAAAAUCUCCACGCGAAAUUUGUAAUAUCUUUAACAUAAAAAGUGUCUUUGCUCCAGAAUUAGAUGGAGACACGAUAGCAAAGCGAUUGCAAGAUUCCACAACAUGUUCGAGCGACAAGGAGCUGCCAUGCAGUGAAACCCCAUGUUUAAUGCAAGAGCUCGAAUGGGAGGAAAAGGCUUUGCAGGCUCUUGACAUAGUUCGAUGCCAAGAGUUUACAGGAUACGACCCUAAGGUCAAUGCUUACAUCCGUACCCGAUUCGACAUAUUCAACCUAGCCUUCUUUGACCUUGACAAACAGUCUGAUUUUUGUCGUGGUCCGCGGCUUAACAUGAUACCUACACCAACACGUAACUCGAUAGUAGGAUCAUGUGUAAAUGUCAUCACCUUGAAGGUAAAGGAAUCGGAAGUUGGCUUCCCGAUAAAAGUUUUUGGUACCGUUGUAGCAAGAGACCAGGUCGACUAUAGAUGUGUUUAUCUCUUCAGACGUGAAAGGGAUGAUCCCCAACUCAUCACCUCGGUGGAUGGCGACUUAACUUUGAUGGAUCCAUGCCGAGCGCUUGUUCCGGCGGAUAGAAUAUAUUUUGAGAUCAAUUUAAUGAUAGUCCGUGAUGGAGGUGAGGUUAAAGAUUUCAGCAAAGGUGUUAUUGUUUUCAACAGGGCCCGCCUCCCUAAUGAUAAGCUGACCAUGAGUGUGAGUCUAAAUAGCUAUCUCAGUAGAGUGGAAGUGAGAUGUGCGUAUGUUGUAUAUCCCACUGAAGCUACCAUUGAAGUCAAUAUCUUGAAGGGACCGUGUAGUGUCUCAAGAGUUGUCGCCGCUACUACCAAGAAUUAUGAGUAUGGUAUGGAACUUUACAACGGUGGUGAAGCAGCAGCAGAGGUUGAGACAGGGACUGUUCCCUUGAGCCGUCAUGUUGUAGCUGUCCCAGCUGGUAGAAAGUUGGUGCUCAUUGUCACCGGUCGUAGCAUUGGUGAUGUUUUUGAUAAAAACAUCAUCAGACCUUUGGGAAGAUCCACUGAGUUGAUCCACUAUAAAUUAGGCUCCGCACUUGUGGAGGUGAAACUUGUUUGGACAGCUGUUCCCAGACGCGAGAUACAAGAUAUGAUCAAGGAUGUGGGAGAUGAGAGCAUUUUGAUGUGAUGCAGAGCGUUUGUUUGAUAGAUGGAAAUCAACACCUGGAAAAUUAUUCUGCAUUCCGUGUACUCUGUAUUUUUAUUUUCUAGCAGAUGGCUGUAGAUUCCAUCUACUUGUAUAUUUUGGAAUAAAGGUGUUUGAUUUACUACUCUGUUAUGUCCUGUCAAAGAGGGUCUUCUCUUUUUAAUGGAUGGAAAACAACAUCUUGAAUUAA